CCACUUAUAAUGAUGGAUGGCAUAAAACAAAUUUUGUUUGAUAAGUGACAUGCCACAAUUCUCAUCAGAUCCUGCACGAGCACGGACCCGUAAUAACCGGAUGUAGUUACUUUUAUUAUCGGAGAGGAUACUUUUAUUUUCAAGGUAGCACCGGAAGUGACAUCCGCUUUUCCAGUCUCAAACUUAUCGCAUCACAGGGUAGAUUCGGAGACAGGUUGAUCGAAGUUGCACCGCUUUGGACGGACAAAGAUGAGGCGGUGAAAUACUUACACACUUCAAAAUUCACCUCACGUCUAUGCCGUCUAGGUUUUUUUUUUUUUUUUUUUUUAAAUCGCGACAACUGUUAAAAUGACGACCACGACGACAUAUCAAGGGAUGGAGCCCGGUGCGAAGAACAGCUCCAGGGUUCUGCGUCCUCCCGGCGGUGCCUCCAACAUCUCAUUCGGCGCCGACGAGGACAAACCACCCGUCCGCAAAGACAAGAUGGCCUCCAGCGUUUUCGCUGAGCCGGAAGACCCCUACGCCAACAGAAGGAACAACCCGCCAGGCGGAAAGCCGACGGGGGUCCUGUGCGGUGAGUCGUCAGCCCCCCUUAGGAGAGGAGCCACCAACGCCGCAAACUCGGCAGACGCCCCCUCAAUGGAUGGAGACACGCCCGUAUGUGACAAUGGCAGUGACGCCGCUGAGGCGGCAGCAGCUCCCGAGCGUCAGGAUGUCGCCCCUCCAGCUGAAGACCCGGCAGCGGGACCACCCUCCGGACGCAGGAAUCCCCCAGGAGGAAAGUCCAGCCUCAUUCUGGGUUGAAUCGCGGCCAAGCUAACCCCACCGCCCUCCUCCUUUCCCCCACGCAUCUCAAACUGGGAUGGUACCUUGAACGUCCCCUCUGAUGUCUCCCUAGUGCCGGUCCUCCUCCACAUCUCAAGUGCAUUGUUUUGAUACCUCCUUGUCGGAACCAUUUUUGUACUGUUGUUAUUUAUUUUUUGACAGAAGCACUUUAUGUCUUUGCAAGUCAGCCGUUUGGUCCUUAUCUUCACCCGCAGAGAAGCCCGCAAGGAUCCCCGUCCCCGCCAUCAACGUACGGUAAUUCACCCCUCAUUUCUUUCCAAUGUCACGGCACAAACUGCAGGCGACGAGGCGAACAUCACCAGAAAGCUGUCACUUUUGAAUUUUGAUUUCAACCACCUUGCAUGCACCUUUUGGUCCUGAAUCACAAGUGAUGAGAAACUUACUGUGAAAACUUUUUUAAUUUGUUUUAUUUUUACCUUUUUCUGUGGUGGAAACAUGUUGUUUGUUAUUGUGACUGCAUGGACAUUUGAACCUUUCUACUGGUUAUGGUAUUUAAAAAUAAUAAUAAUAAUCCACACAGGAAGAACAUCAAUGAUCGCCGGUAUUCCGAAUCCUGCCUUUUUGAAUUGUAGUGGCUAACCAUUUGAUGUUUUACCGCUCAUGUUCACUCUGAAGCUAAGUGUGCCUCCUUUUUGCGUUUCAAACUCUGUCAAGGCUGGAUUGUCUGGACACGUGUAAAGCAGCGACACGCUGUCCUUCACAUUGCAAGCCAGCAGAAUGUGGUUGGGCCUGAUGUUAAACAACCUGUCCUGCAUUUGACAAGUGACCUUAUGCCACAGCUCAGCCUUUGUUUCUUCUCUAGAUGUUUAUGUUCAUUGUGUCACUGCUUCUGUGGGCAAAAUAGACAUCCAACUGUCAUUACAACUCCUACCUGUGGCAUCGUGUACUGUUUUUUUUUGUUUGUUUGUUUUUUUGUUUUUUUCGUCCUCAUGCUGGAUGUUAAGUCGCUUGCAGACGUAUGAAUUGAAGAAAUGGCACAAGUGGAAAAUCAACAUUAAAAAUCAAUUUAGACCAUG